AUGGAGACGGAUCACGGUAAACUUUUUGUUGGUGGGAUUUCCUGGGACACAAAUGAGGAACGCCUAAAAGAAUAUUUCGGGACGUACGGAGAGGUGGUGGAGGCAGUGAUCAUGAGGGACCGAACCACGGGACGAGCCCGCGGGUUCGGUUUCAUAGUUUUUGCCGACCCUGUGGUUGCAGAAAAAGUGGUCAAGGAGAAGCACAUGAUCGAUGGACGCACUGUGGAAGCCAAAAAGGCUGUCCCAAGAGACGACCAGAACUUGACCAAUAGAAAUAGCAGCAGCAUCCAGGGAUCGCCCGUGCCUGGGCGGACAAAAAAGAUCUUCGUGGGAGGAUUAGCAUCCACUGUCACUGAGAGCGACUUCAAGAACUAUUUCAGCCAGUUUGGCACCAUAACAGACGUCGUGGUCAUGUACGACCAUAACACCCAGAGGCCGAGGGGCUUUGGAUUCAUAACCUACGACUCAGAGGAUGCCGUGGACAGGGUGCUCCAUAAGACCUUCCAUGAGCUCAACGGGAAAAUGGUUGAGGUGAAGCGAGCUGUCCCCAAGGAGCUGUCCCCCGGGCCCACCCGGGGCCCGCUCCUUGGUUACAACUAUGGUUUCAGCAGGGGGAGUGGCUUCCUCGGCGGCUAUCCGCAGGGGUACAACCUAAGCUCGCUUGGGAGCUACGGUGUCAGGAUUGACGGCAGGUACAGCCCGCUAGCCGGUGCACGGGCCGGGUUCUCCCACUUCGGGUCGCCUGCAUAUGGGGUAGGCGUGAACAUGGAUCAGGGUCUGAGUCCCGGUUUUGGAGGGGGAUCCAGUGUAGGCUACGGGCGUGUGAUGAGCCCAUAUUUCAGCAGCACCCAGAGCAGGUAUAACACUCCUAUUGGCUAUAACAGUACAAACAAUAGCAGCCGGGGUGAGUCCUUUCUCAACUCUGAGUCGAGGAAUAUGUGGGGAAAUGGCGGGCUUGGUAAUAAUGCUGUGAGUAAUGCUGGCUCGGGCUCGUACUUUGGUUCAAGGAGUGGUGGUUUAGGGGUCUUUAGGAAUGCCAAUUGGGGAACUUCUAAUAACAAUGGUGGUACUGUUGGGGGAGUUUCGUCCGGGUUCAGUGGAGGCACCGUGGGUUAUAGAGGUGGUGGGGAGAAUAACUACGCUUUCGGUUCAGGUGGGUCUGGGAGAAACAGUGGGAUGGGUGUGGGCUCUGCUUUUUCUGCAUCCAGCGGUGGAUAUGAGGGGUCUUAUGGGGAUUUUUACUGUGGGGGUUCUGUUUAUGGCGAUCCAACCUGGCAAACACCAUCUUCUGAGAUGGACAAUUCGGGUUCGUUCGGUUAUGCUCUUGGGAAUUCGGAGGAUGUAGCCGUUAAAGAGUCCGAGGAUUUUGGAGUGGGGUAUGGCAUUUCGAAUAGACAAUCCAAUAGAGGAAUUGCAACAUAG